GUACAUAACAGUGCAAGCAAACAAGAGUAUAAAAUAAUAGAAGGAAACAAGCAAGAAGGCUAGUGUGGAUCCAGUGACCACGGAGGAGGGUGUACGGACGUACCAUUCUUUGUCCCCAAAUCAAAACCCCGUCAAGCUGAUCACACACACUUUAGCCGGAAACGGUCUCCUUUGGACGCGAUCCUCCAUCUAACCACGGUUUCCCUGAAUUGAAAUUUGACCAAGCCCCACUUAAACCCAACCCCGGUCAAACCAAACCAAACCUCCCUAUAAAUACCACCUCGCUCUCUCUCUCGCUUCCUCCAUCUCCUCUCCUCUCCUCACACAUCAACUUCAGCUCCGGCGAACUCCACCUGAUCAUCCGCAACCGAUCCACUUCGCCGUCGAUCGACGUCGACGCCGGCUUCACUUGUCGGUGAUCACUCUGUCGUCACUCGGUCCAUCCAUGGCGGCCGUCCAGGCUCACCACCGCCUCUUCUUGGCAUCUACCUGCGCCGGCCAGCAGCGGCGGCUGCUGAGGCCGAGCCGGAUCGCCGCGCCCUGCCGCGCGGCGGUCAGCGGCGGCGUGCGCACGGCGCAGAGCCCGUCGUCGUCGUCGUCGGGUAGCGGGAGCCCCAGUAGCCUCAGGCUUAACCUUGACUGGGUCGACCCGCGCGUCGUCGCCGUCCCGACGUCGUCUCCGGGAGCUCAGGUGGAGGUGGAGAAGCUCAGGGCCAUCGCGGAGGCGGCGGCGGACAGGGCGGAGAUGCACGACAUCAUCGGGAGGCAGCGGGACAACUGGAACCACCUGCUGCUCCACUCCAACAACUCCCUCGCCCUCGCCGCCUCCGUCAUGGCCGCGCUCGCGCCCGCCGCGCCGACCGUCGUGGCGCUCAAGGCAUCCGCGGGGGUCCUCCUGGCCUCCGCCGCCGUCACCAUGGCCGCUGUCAACAAGAUCCAGCCGUCGCAGCUCGCCGAGGAGCAGCGGAACGCCACCAGGCUGUGGAGGCAGCUGGAGCGCGACGUCCGCGUCACGCUCGCGCUCGCCGCGCCGGUGACCAGGGCCGACGUCCACGACGCCAUGGACAGGGUCCUCGCGCUCGACGCCGCGUACCCGCUCCCCCUCCUCCCCGGCAUGCUCGACAAGUUCCCCAAGACCGUCGAGCCCACCCGGUGGUGGCCGAAGAAGAAGCAACAGCAGCAGCGCGCUCCGGUGAACAAGUCGAACAGCUUCGGCAGCAGCAGCCGCCGCCGCGGCGCACGCGGCAACGGCUGGACGCCGGAGCUGGAGGAGGAGAUGCGCGGCAUCCUCCGCGUCAUCAAGGCCAAGGACGAGCACGAGUACAUCACGGUCGGCAAGAUGGUCCUCGGCCUCAACAAGGGCCUCGCCGUGGCGGGGCCAGCGCUCGCCGGCACGGCCGCGGUGGCCGCGGCCUUCAUCGGCUCCGGCGAGGCCGGCGCGUGGGCGUCCGGCGCCGCCGUCCUCGGCGGGGCGCUGGCGGCGGCGGCGAACACCGUGGAGCACGGCGGGCAGCUGGGCAUGGUGUUCGAGCUGCUCCGCAACUGCGCCGGGUUCUACCGGAAGAUGCAGGAGGAGAUCGAGGCGAACCUGGGCGAGGCCGACGUCGAGAGGAGGGAGGACGGCGAGGUGUUGGAGACGAAGGUGGCGCUGCAGCUCGGGCGGAGCACGUCGGAGCUGAAACAGUUCAGGAGGUUGGCGUCGCCGUCGUUCAAGGACGACGACGUCAAGGAUUUUGCCGGGAAACUCUUCUAAAACAAAAGAAAAUUCUAAUCACUCACUUAUUAGACAUCUACCUCAUUUGAAAAUGGUAGAUGGUUAAUUCAGAGGCUCGAAUUUGAGCGAGAUGUGCAUAUAUAGGUUAGGGAUUCCAUUGAUUCUUUUGUAAAGAUCCGAAUUAGUUAAAAUUCUUUAUUUCAUUAGUUUGAGUUCA